AUGCCACUAACAAUGGUAGAAAAUUUUGAGAUGUUCAUGGUAAAACUUUUUGAAAAACCUGUUGAAAUAAAUUAUGAACUAAUUAUAAUAGAUUAUAUUACAAAAAAGCAUACCAACUAUAAUUGUGAAUCAAAAACAAUUAGUUCAAGUACUAUUCCUGGUGGUAAAGAUGUUGAAUUUUAUAAAUCUCAUAAU